CCAGUGGAAUAGAAAACUUCGGAAUCGGAAAACGCUCUCUCUCUCUCUCUCUCGCUUCCAUUUUCACAUUCAGAUUUCUCGCGAAUUUGAGAGUGCUGUGGUUGUUGUGAUAGAAGGAAGCCGAAAUGGGGUUGAGCUUUACGAAGCUGUUCGGUAAGCUUUUCUCUAAGAAAGAGAUGCGCAUUUUGAUGGUUGGUCUUGAUGCUGCUGGUAAGACCACGAUCUUGUACAAGCUAAAGCUCGGAGAAAUUGUGACCACCAUCCCGACCAUCGGAUUUAAUGUGGAGACUGUGGAAUACAAGAACAUCAGCUUUACUGUUUGGGACGUUGGUGGUCAGGACAAGAUCCGUCCACUUUGGAGGCAUUACUUUCAGAAUACACAGGGCCUUAUUUUUGUUGUGGAUAGCAAUGAUAGGGACCGAGUCGUAGAGGCAAGAGAUGAGUUGCACAGGAUGUUGAAUGAAGAUGAGCUUAGAGAUGCUGUUUUGCUUGUAUUUGCUAACAAGCAAGAUCUUCCUAAUGCCAUGAAUGCUGCAGAAAUAACUGACAAACUCGGUCUUCACUCCCUUCGCCAGCGCCACUGGUACAUCCAGAGCACCUGCGCCACAUCUGGAGAGGGCCUAUACGAAGGUUUGGACUGGCUUUCCAACAACAUCGUUAGCAAGGCCUGAGACGACAAAUGAUUUGGUUGCUCAGGACUAUGUUCAGAGUUCUCCCAUUCUGGAAAGGAUAGUUUCAUUUAUUUAUUUAAUUAUUUAUUUAUUUAUUCAGUGAUUAUGGAUAUAAAUAGGGAAAGAAAGUUCUGCUUUAUGCAUGUACUCGAGAUGCUUUAAGCUAGACACUAGGCUUUUCAAAAUUCAUUCUUUUCAUUUAAUACCAAUUUCAUUAUUAUUAUUA